AUGGCCUCCGCUUCGUUCCGCGACUCGAUGAACUCUCUCGGCUGGAGUAGAAGAGAGGAACCCGCCCCCGUCAACACGGCGCCGCCCUCAUUCCUGGGCCGCAUACAGAACCUGAAUCCCUUCGGCGAGGGUGGCUAUGUCAGACUCCCCAUAACAGAGACCAACCCGGGCGCCCCUCUCCCAGCGCCCUCUCGGCGAGAGGAGGAAGAGGGGUGGUUUGCGCUGAGUCGGUGGGACCGGCUGCUCGUAUUUGGCGGCCUGCUGCUCGCUGCCUUGGCAAUGUUUGCUACCUGCAUUGGCCUGAUGUUCACGCCUGUCUUCCUGCUCAGGCCACGCAAGUUUGCCAUUUUAUGGUCCAUGGGAAGCGUUCUCUUUUUGGCAGCUUGGGGUGUCCUGAUGGGCCCUAUUCAAUACCUCCAGCACCUCACCUCUGGUCCGAGGCUUCCGUUCACGGCUGCUUACUUUGGGAGCAUCGCUCUCACACUGUUCUUUUCCCUAGGUCUCCACAGUACCAUCCUCACCUUUGUUGCGGCUAUUGCCCAACUAGUAUGUCUAUUAUGGUACAUCGUCUCGUAUUUCCCGAUGGGCUCGACUGGUCUACGGUUCGCUGCACGUUUUGGCGGCAACCGUGUGGCUGCUUGGAUGAACGACUGA